UCAACUUAGCUCUGCUAUGUAUUAUGUCCUUUCGCGAGCUUCAGUCUUUUGCUGAUCGUUAGUCAGUUCGCAAGGCAACAAAACAAAAGAAAUCAUGUCGAGUUAUCCUUCCUCGUCAGAGGAGUUCGCGUGUGAUGUUAACAAUUGUGAGGCCGAUUUGCCUCGGGUGCGGGAUGUGUCCGGUGGCCCGCCCCUACCGCGCGAUCAUUUCGAGCGGGCUUGUUCGCGUAUAUACGCGAACAGCCUUUCCUCGUUGUGCGUAACUGUAAAUUUUGUUACUGGUGCGCGUGUGAUUCAAGAGGUCGUGCCUUAUCCCAGGAGCAUAUUGCCCUCCAUUUGGGAUGUUUUGGAUAUCUCACGGGCGCUGGAGGCUGAGGAGUUCGCGGCGUUGUGGGCGCAUCGUCGCGUAGAACGUCUUUUGCGCCUGGGCCAGAGUGGCCGAAAUGCGGCGCCCAGGGGGAGGGCCCGCGCCGUUUGGCGUCUUCCUGAGCGCUUGCCGGAGCCGUUGCGCCCCUCAGGCCGUGGACACGGUCGCCCACAUGGGCGUUAAGGAUCCAGGAUGGUCCUCGAUCUCGGCUAUCCCACCGCUGCCACCAAUAAUGUUGUGCCCGGCGCGGCACAGGGUGUGGGGUAGCCGGGAAAGUUGAAUAAUCGCGGGAUCCUAAGUUCCUUUUUAUAUUUGUAUUUGCUUUAUUUCAAAGUACAAUUUGAUUAUUAAAGAUAUUUUUAUUUGGAAAUAAUCGUAUAUCAAUCAAUUUCCUUCGAGCCCUCUCGUCGUAGCUCUCUUCUGAAUCGCUUCGUUCGUAGAUUUAGAGCGUUUAAUAAUCUCGUCGGGUGAUUUAUCGCACAGUAUAGUGGUUAGCCCUUGAUCUCGUACUAGUUGUUGUUUGAUUUAUAAUUAACGACUGUCCGCCGCGGAUUCGCGGUGGACGGUUUUUAUUUCCUCG